GUAAAAAUGUCAACUCGCUUUGUGGUGUCGUAUUUGUGUGGUUAGAUGUAAUUUUAAAAUAAAAUUGAAACUAUUGACAAUAUAAUGUGUGACAAUGGCUUCGGUGAAAGUGGCUGUAAGGGUUCGCCCAUUCAAUCAAAGAGAAAAGGACAUGGGCGCGAAAUUGAUUGUCCAGAUGGAGGGAAAGAAAACAAGAUUGCUCACUGUCAAAAAUAGCAAAGAGCAAAAUGACGGCAGUCGCGAGAAGUACAAGGACUUCACCUUCGACCAUUCUUAUUGGUCGUUCGCCAACGAUGACCCCAACUACGCGUCACAGGAACAGGUGUUCGGGGACCUGGGCCUGGACGUGAUAGACAGCGCGUUCGAGGGAUACAAUGCCUGCGUGUUCGCGUACGGACAGACUGGCAGCGGGAAGACAUUCACCAUGAUGGGAUCAUCUGAGUACCAAGGCCUAAUACCUCGUAUAUGUCGUCACCUGUUCUCCCGCGUCGCCGCCGGUAAGGAGUCAGGUUCCUCCUACCGCACAGAAGUCAGCUAUUUAGAGAUCUACAAUGAGCGGGUCAAGGACCUCCUCGCUACUGACGCUGGUCACUCGCUGAGGGUCCGAGAGCACCCCAAGCUGGGACCCUACGUACAGGAUCUGUCCAAACAUUUGGUGUCGGAUUAUGAUGACAUACAGGAAUGCAUGCACCGCGGCAACCUUCACCGUACGACGGCAUCAACACAGAUGAACGACGUGUCGUCUCGCUCGCACGCGAUCUUCACUAUAACAUUCGUGCAGGCGAGCUACCUCAGGCAUAAUAACAUGCCCAGUGAAACUGUGUCUAAGGUGCAUCUUGUGGAUUUGGCUGGAAGCGAGCGCGCGGACGCGACGGGCGCGACCGGGCAGCGCCUGGUGGAGGGCGCGCACAUCAACAAGUCGCUGGUGACGCUCGGCUCCGUCAUCUCCGCGCUCGCAGAGUCCAGCCAGCCGCCCGAAGCUCGACAGAAGGGUCAGAAGAAGGUGUUCAUCCCGUACCGAGACUCGGUGCUGACCUGGCUGCUCAAAGACUCACUCGGAGGCAACUCCAAGACCAUCAUGAUUGCAGCUAUAUCUCCAGCGGACUGUAACUACGGCGAGACGCUCUCAACGCUCCGCUACGCGAACAGAGCGAAGAACAUCAUCAACAAGCCGACCAUCAACGAGGAUCCCAACGUCAAGCUCAUCAGGGAACUGCGCGAGGAGAUUGACAAGCUACGUGCACAGAUUGCGCAUAAUACUGAUCCAAUAGAAACCGAGCCAGGAGUACUAGCAACUCUUCAACGCAAGGAGGCUCAAGAGAAAGUAUUGACUGAAAAAUGGACAGAAAAAUGGCGGGAAACGCAACAAAUAUUGCAAGAACAGAAGGCGCUGGGCCUGCGCAAGAGUGGGUUAGGGGUCGUUUUGGACUCCGACAUGCCCCAUCUUGUUGGGAUCGAUGACAAUCUGCUAUCUACUGGUGUUACUUUGUAUCAUCUUAAGGAGGGUGAGACAGUGAUAGGUAGUGCGGAACUAGUCCCGACGCCCGACAUAGUGCUGUCGGGGGCGGGCGUGCUCCCGCUGCACUGCCGAGUGUUGCUGUCGGCCGGGACCGCGACGCUGCAGCCCGCGCCCGGCGCCCAGUGCUGGCUCAAUACUGUACUUAUUGACAAACCGGCUAAACUUAGCCAGGGUUGCAUCCUCCUCCUGGGUCGUACGAACAUGUUCCGCUACAACGACCCCGCUGAAGCCGCCAAGCUGCGUCAGGAGGGCAGUGCCUCCGUGAUGAACCUCUCCCGCCUGUCCCUGCUCUCCUGGUCCACCACCGACCUCGCUGCCAGCACUGAAAACCUUAAUACUACAUUGUCUGACUUGGAAAGUGAGAUACGUUGUGAACGUAUCGAGGCUCAGCGCGCGGAGCUGGAGAGGGAGAGGCAACAGUUCCUCAUGCAGCAGGAGGAGAGGCAGCGCCGGUGGCAUGCUGAGAGGGAGGAACUCAUACAGGCGCAGAGGAAACUUGAUGAGGAGCGUACAGCAAUGGAGCAAGAAUACGCAGCGGCCUGCAGAAGGCUAUCAGGCGACUGGCGCGCGCUGGAGCGGGGCUGGGGACAACGACGUCGCGCGCUGCGCUGUCGGCAGAGGGAGCUAGCGUCGCGGGCCGCGAGACUAGCCGCGCUCAGUGAUACUCAUCGAACUGCUGCUGAGAGUGAGGAGGGUCGCGUGGCCGCGCUGCGCUCCCGAGUGGACGGCAAGAGGGCAGCACUCGACGACUACAUCAACACCAGUGUCCAGGAACUACUCGCUAAUGGAUGCACUUUAGAUGAGAGUUCGACUCCCAGUCCGGACAGUCCAGCAUCAGAGACGAGCACGGAGAGCCUGAUGCAUCUACUGCAGCAGUGCGAGCCCAAGGUCGCCUCCAGCAUUAAGGACACGGUCGACAGACAUAAAAAGGAGUUAUUAGAGUUAGAAGAAGAGCUGCAGAGUCGCGUAGCUUCAGUAGCGUCUCACCGCGUGAAGAUAGAGCGUCUCCAGGCCGAGCUGGCGUUACUGAGCACGCAGGAGCUCGGCCUGCAACAUGCGCUCGCCUCCGACCUGCCUGCCGCAGCCGAUACUAAUGGACUCGAGGGUUCUGGCUCCCCAUCCCCCCUGGAGGGGGUGAAGCGCAGCAAGUCUGAGCUGGUCCUCCGCCGCACUCCGAGGGAGGAGGUACUUGACCCCCUCUCUGCUGACGAGAGGGAACACUACAGACAUCGGAGGAUAAACCUUAGCCUCAGCUUAGAUCCUCUAGCGUCUCCGAACUCAACCCUGAACACGGAAGAAACGUUCCACACAGCUACAUCAUCUCCCAAAAAGUUCCCAGAAUGGGCCCCGGCAGAGGAUACGACACCCACGUCACCCGACACGACGGGCCCCGCCGGGCCCCCGCAGCCACAGUUCCGGUUGGGGCCCGUGCCUACGGCUGAUGAUAGUGAUGACAUGUCCAGCACUGAGGAUUAUCAUAAGCCUAGAAUAGUGGAGGGCCAAUCGUCUAGCUCCGUGGAGCGGUCGCCUGAGGAGCGACAUCAGAGAGCCAAGUACAAAAGAAGGGUACCAGGAGAGGGUAAACCAGGUCGUCGUCAGGUGACGGAAGUAGAAGCGUUACGCGCCAUGCAGCGGUUGUGUUCCCGCAUCGCCUCGCAGAAGAUGCUCGUCAUAUCGUCGCUGGAGAACGACUGCUCCAAGGAGGAACUUAAUCGGCAGAUCGCGGUCCUACAAGAACUCCAGAAGAAAUACGUACGUUUGGAGAUGGCACUCCAGUACUCGUUCUUCGACAACCAGUCGCGGCGGCCCAUGAUGGUCACUCCCAUACAGGAGACUCCCUCCCUCACACUCUCCGAGAGUGACAUGCAGGUCGCUACUGAGGAGCCGCCCACUGAGAACGGACAUGUUGAAGACCCAUUGUUGCACAGGUUAAAAGAACAAGAGCUAGAAGGGUCGGAUAACGUGUCGACGUCCAACGACGAGUUACCGGGAGAAACACACGAGCCGCCGUGGGAGGACCCGUUACGGUGUCGCGUCCGGUCCGAUUAUACCGAGUCCACCGACCGACUCGACCGACUCGAUCGGCGACUCGAUAGAAUCGAACACUGUGACCGAGACCCGCCGGCCCGGGACAUAUCGUUACCUGAUCCCACGAUAUGUCCCGGUUUAUCACAUCCAAUAGAUUUCAGUGAAGUAGUAAGUAUCCCAGGCUGGGUGACCCGAGGCGCGGGCGCGUCCACGCACCACGAGUACGAGGUCCGCAUCCAGCUGGGCGCGUCGUGUCGCUGGCUGCUACUGAGGCGGUACAGGCGCUUCCGGGACCUGUACCUCACCAUGCGGCGGGUUUACGGACCUAAGGUGGGGUCGAUCCCGUUCCCGGCGCGCUCGCUGUGGGCGGGCGAGGCGGUGGCGCGCGCGCGGCGCGGCCAGCUGGAGCAGUUCCUGCGGCGCCUGCUGGCGGCGGCGGCGGCCGACGCGCGCUGCCCCUUCCGGGACCCCGACCGCCCGCUCACCAGGGACGCGCUCGUCAGCUUCUCGCCUUUCUUCCGGAAGGGCGUGUUCGAGAGCGGUAAGUGUGGUACAGGAUGAUGUCGGGCCGAGCUCGCCCCGUGCUCGUGGCGCGCGCUGGGCGGCACGCUGCGCGCGCUGCUGCACGCGCUGGCCGCCGCCGCCGCGCUCGCCCUCGCCGCGCUCGCGCUGGCCGCCAUCCUGCUCUACAGGGCGCUCAGACCACCGCGGAACCAGUGAGCCACCACCAUUUUCAAAUUACGUAACUUUCUAAUUGACCAGCCAAAGCGGCAAUUUUACAGGUAACAUGAAGAUAAAACCAGUCAACCAUCAGUAAUCACUGUCUUUUAGCAACUAUAAAAGUAUCUGUACUAACAAUGGUAAUUCCGUAGGUAACAUGAAGCAGGAACCACUAUCUUCAUAUUACGUAACUAUGAAAUUACUAAAAGAAUGCUAAUUUCAUAGGUAACAUGAAUUAACAAUUUGUUUUGUCUUAGAACAACACACAUCUGUUAACUAUGAAAUUGUCAUUACAAAUUCAAUCUUGUAGGUACGUAAAAGUUAUAAGAAAAAGCAAAUUUUGUUAUAAAAAUCAGACCAAAAAGUCUCCUAUUAACGUCAGAAUAUAUAACAGACUAUAUAAUCCGCAGUGACUAAAUUAUCUUCAAUACACAUAAGGUGGUUUUAGUGUCCAAUGUAAAAUUUAAUAAAGCAAGGUGGUUUAAAGCGUCGCGGUGUCCAGUUCGCGUGCCCGUCAAUGAACUACUAACCCAAGGGUGUCCUUUAUCGAGUGUUACUGCUUAACUGAAGACGUCUCGCACACUAAACUUAUUAAUUUAAAGUAAAAAAACGCAUUGUAGUAAAUGUAAUUUAAAAUUUGGUUAACGUUUUAUCUCAAAUCCGAAGAAAAUUAUAUUUCUUUAGAACUGUAAUCCCCAAGCUUCGCAGAAUUGGGGAUCAUAGUUAGAUCACUGAAAGUUUAGAUGAUGUUAAAUAAAAUUUACUAAGGGCUGAUUUUUUUCAACCAUGGCAUAUAUUGUAUCGGAGGAAUACUAUUUGACAAUACAUAUUUGAUAAUUCUUCCAUACUAAAACUGACAAAUAAAAAUUUUAUUUUACAGAUAACAGAAACAAUUAGCUGUUGAUUGAAAAAUGAGCUCUAAAUAAUUGUGUUCACUAUCCUUAACGAUUCGUGUUGAUACAAAUACAUAAUAUGAUUAGGGUUAUCAUGUCUGACUUUACUAUUAGGGACGCUAGUGUAACAUAAACUAUAUUGACCAGCAGAGACAGAAAAACUGACCAACUAGCAGACGUAGACCGCAUCAUCGCUUACCAUCAGGUGAGAUAGUGGUCAAACGUCGCUCCAUCAAUUAUUAAAAAAAAA